AUGCGCAGCCCCACGAGUACGCGCCUCAGGAUAGCCCACACUAUGGAUCCACUGGCAAAGCAGAUCUUUAAAGGAGUUUUAGUAGCUGAACUUGUGGGCAUUUUUGGAGCAUAUCUUUUGUUCAGAAAGAUGAAUACAAGCCAAGAGUUCAGGCAAACGAUGAGCAAGAAAUUCCCCUUCAUCUUGGAAGUUUGUUGCAAGUCCACUGAACACUAUGGAAUGUACGGAAUCAGAGAGAAAGAUCAAGAAAAGUGGCUGAACAGCAAAAAUUAG